AUGAUUUCUUUCGUCAAGCCAUAUCUCUUGCAAAGUAUCUAUUUUUCGUCAAGACAUUUCCACUUCAAAGCUUCGACUUCCCACAUGAUGAUUAAAUCACUUUCCUUCAGCAAUCGGCAAGUCCCGAUCCCCGGCUAUGGCGCCAUGGGGCUGAGUUCAGCCAUGGGGAGCGAUUUGAAUCUCGAACAGUCUGAACCUGUCCUUUUGAAAGCAGUCGAACUCGGUUGCACAUUUUGGGAUACCGCGGUUGCCUACAAGGCCGGCGGUAACGAGAAGCUGCUUGGGGAUUUCAUCAAAAGGCACGGAAUACGUGACAGUCUCUUUGUGGCAUCGAAAUGUGGUUUUGAUGUCUUCGGCCCAAAGCGAACGGUGACCAACUCCGCCGCUCACAUCAAAGAAUACAUCGAAGGCACGAUCGAGAGGCUUGGCUUCACUCCCGACCUAUAUUACUUGCACAGAAUUGAUCCUAACACCACUCUCGAGGAGUCUAUUGGUGCCUUGGAUGAACUCCGCCGUCAAGGAAAAACAAAGUACAUUGGGCUUUCUGAAUGUUCCGCUGAAACCCUGCGCAAGGCAAACUCGAUCGCUAAAAUCGAUGCUAUCCAAGCCGAAUAUUCAGCUUUUGAGACGGUACACGAGACCAAUGGCUUAAUUGAGACAGCCAAGGAAUUGGGUGUGGCAUUUGUAGCAUUCAGCCCUCUAGGACAUGGAUGGUUGGUCGAUGACUUCAAUUUCAAGUCCCCGGACGAUUUCGCUCCUGAUGAUUUCCGACGUACAGUACCAAAAUUCCAAGGCGAAAACUUCUACAAGAACAAAGCCAUCGUUGAGGAGAUCAAAAAGUUGGCGACACGAAAGGGUUGCACAGUUGCGCAGAUUGCUCUGGCCUGGGUCGCUGCGCAGGGUUUGAUUGCCAUUCCGGGCACUACUAAAGCUUCACGCUUGGUGGAAAAUUGGGAGUCACGAAACGUUGAGUUGACGGAAGAAGAACUGAAAGAAAUGCGGCGCAUCGUGGACGAUGCUAAGCCAGUUGGAGAAAGAUUUGCCCCAUCUUUCAGUCCAUGGUUGGACACUGAGAUAUCGACGGCUUGCUAUGGCGAUGGGACGACUCCAUGCAUGUAUUUACUGUCGUGA